GAGGAGAGGGGCAGGGACUGGGGCACGGCGCAGGCUCUGGGUCAGGGGGGCGGAGCACCCACUGUCCCCCCCCGGGCAGCACCCGAGACCCCGGGGCUCCCCGGGUGCUGCCACCCGCGCCACCGGCACCCGCCUGCUCCCGCACCCCCGCUGCUGCCACAGCACGUGUUGGCGUCCCGGCGAGGGCGGCGGGGACCCCCCAGCCCCAGCCGUGCCACCCGCCCCGCCAUGUGGCAGCGGGGGCCGGGCCGGGUGUCCCCAAACAAUCCUGCCUUUGAGCGGGGCCAGCGGGUGCCCGGUGACGGCGGCACAAGGCGCCCGGUCACCCGCCGCAGAAUGGCGCUAUUCUGGUGGCGGCAGGUGCCACGGGCUGUCACACGUGGGGCAGGGGUCCAGCUGCCCCCCUGCUUCAUUUGGGGGGCUCGGAGCACCCGGGCUGCUGUGGGACCCGAGAAGAGCGAGUGCCAGCCCGGCCAGGCUGGGGACAGAGCCGGGCGAGGGAGGGGCAGAUGCGGUGAUGGAGGGGACACCGGAGGGGACACCAGUGCGUCCCCCCACGCGUGGGCACCCUCGCUGCCCUGGUCUUCACGGGAGUGUCGCUAGCGGCACCCCAUGGCGGUGGUACCGGCGGAUGUGCCCGCUUGGUAGGGACGCGCGGGGCAGGGACCCCACGGGGUGCCCGUGUCCCCUUGGGGUGGGACCCCACGGGGUUCCCCGGUGGGUGCGGGCUCCCCCUACAUCGUGUCUCCGUGAGCUCCAGGACCGUACCGGGACCGUGCCGGCAACGUACCGGGACCGUACUGGGACCGUGUCCGGUCCGUGCCCGGGACCGUAUCGGUACGGUGUCGGGACCGUACUGGGACCGUGCCGGCAAUGUACCGGGACUAUACCGGGACAGUACGGGGACCGUACCCGGUCCGUGCCCGGGACCAUACCGGGACGGUGCCGGGACCGUGCUUGGACCGUACCGGGACUGUGCCGGGUUCAUGCCGGAACCGCGCCCGGGACGGCGCCCAGGUUUGCUGCGGGACGGCCCCGGGACCGUGUCCGGGACGUUCCAUGACCGUGUCCGGGACGCUCCGGGAGCGGGGGGGGGCCGGGGCGAUGCCGGAGCAGCCCGGCGGCCCGGGCGGGGCGGCCGCUGUCCCCGCCCCCGGGGCUCUCCCGCCGCUUCCUGCGGGCACGGUCGGGCCGGGGCGGCGGCGGCGCGCGACCCGCCCUGUGCCCCGCUGGUGCCGGGGGAUGCCGGCAUGCUGGUGCCCGCCGUGCCGCAGCGCCCUGCCCUGAGCCCAGUGCCGCAGCCCAGCCGCGCCAUGGAGGAGCUGGCCGGCGGGGGGGCCGAGUCCUGGGCCGAGGGGCUGCACAACACCAACAACAACGCAUCCCCGGGGGGGUGGCCAGUUAACCGUGGUGGGCACCCCCUGGCACCUUUCGGUGGCCCCGGGGCUGAGCCCAGUUACCUGGGGCGGGUGGUGCUGGAGAUUGUGGAGUCGGAGCGCACCUACGCCCGCGACCUGCGCAGCAUCGUGGAGGGUUACCUGGGCAAGAUUAUCGACACGGAGGAGCCGGUGCUGCGGCCAGAGCAGGUCAGCGCGCUUUUCGGCAACAUCGAGGACAUCUACGAGCUCAGCAGCAAUCUGCUGCAGAACCUGGAGAGCUGUGCCAGCGACCCCGUGGCCGUGGCUGUCUGCUUCGUCACACGGAGCCAGGAAUUUGCCAUCUACACACAGUACUGCAACAACUACCCCAGCUCGGUGGCAGCGCUGGCCGAGUGCAUGAGGAGCAAAGCCCAGGCGCGGUUCCUGCGUGAGUGCCAGGAGCGGCUGCGGCACGCGCUGCCCCUCGGCGCCUACCUGCUCAAGCCCGUCCAGAGGAUCCUCAAGUACCACCUGCUGCUCCAGGAGAUCGCCAAACAUUUUGAGCGCAAGUCAGGGGAUGACUACGAGGUGGUGCUGGAGGCCAUCGACACCAUGACCUGCGUCGCCUGGUACAUCAAUGACAUGAAGCGCAAGCACGAGCACGCCAUCCGGCAGCAGGAGAUCCAGUCGCUGCUGCUGGGCUGGAAGGGGCCGGACCUGACCAGUUAUGGGGAGCUGGUGCUGGAGGGCACCUUCCGCAUGCAGCGGGUGCGCCACGAGCGCACCGUCUUCCUCUUCGACAAGACCCUCCUCAUCACCAAGCGCCGCGGCGACCACUACGUCUACAAGAGCCACAUCCCGUGCUCUUCGCUGAUGCUGAUCGAGAGCACGCGGGACUCACUUUGCUUCAGCCUGGCUCACUACAAGCACGGCAAACAGCAGCACAGCCUGCAGGCCAAGAGCGUGGAGGAGAAGCGCUUGUGGACCCACCACAUCAAGCGGCUCAUCCUGGAGAACCACCACGCCAUCAUCCCCCAAAAGGCCAAGGAAGCCAUCCUGGAGAUGGACUUGUUCUACCCCCCGCGCCUGCCCCGCUGCAGCCCCGAGCACCUGAAGAAGAGCUGGUCCUCCCAGCCCUUGGGUGACAGCGCCGAGCCGCGCCAGGGCCGCCGCCAGUCUGAGCCCUUCCAGCAACGGGACCGUGCCGAGACGCUGCCGGACCGGCUGCACGGGCACACGGGGCGCAGGCAGUCGGAGCCCGCCAAGCAGAUCCUGCGGCAGCUGGGCGAGCAAGGGCUCAAGCACGCCGGCAGCGACGGGGCUCUCCUGGAAGUGGGGGAGCCCCCCCAGCACCCCAGAGCCUGGGCAGCAGCUGAGGGGAUGGUGGAGGAGGAAGAGGAGGAAGAGGAGGAGGAAGAAGAAGAGGAGGCUUUGGGCAAGGGCUGCCAGGAGGAGCAGCCCAGGGGCGUGCCAGUGGAACCCCAGGAGGAGCAGAAUGGGGGACACCUCCCGGCACCAGAGGGACCCAAGCGGCCGAGCAGUUGGGGGCCAGGGGGGACCUGCGAGAAGGUCAGUGCGGCCUCACUGUCCCCCCAAGCGGGUCCCGAGGGACCCAGCACCCCCCUGCAGGCUGGCAGCACCGGGGAGCACCCCGAGGGGCCGGGGGCACCCAAAACCCCGUCCCCAGCGGGGACCGUCAGGGAGAGGGAGCCAGAGCGCGCGGUGGCGGAGGAUUCGCAGGGGCUGAGCAGCGAGGAGGAGGAGGAGGAGGAGGAAGAUGACGGAGCUGCCGGCAGCAUCCUGCCGCCCUCGGUGCUGGACCAGGCCAGCGUCAUCGCCGAGCGCUUUGGGGGCAGCUUGUCCCGCCGCAGCAGCCUGGCGCUGGAGGGGCCGGGGGGGCGGCUGGCCAGCCGCAGCGGCAGCGCCCUCAGCCUGGAUGGCGUCCCCCACGUCGACACCGCGGAGCCCGGGGGAUCCCGCAGCUCCGUCCCCUCGCCCGAGCCGCUGGCCGGAGCCCGCCGGGAAUCGCUGCUCUCCAGCCGCGACCGGCUGCUCCUCGACAAGAUCAAGAACUACUACGGUCACGCCGAGCGCGGGGACGGCGGCUUCAGCGUCUGCCGCCGCGAGAGCCUCAGCUUCAUCCCCAAGGGGCUGGUGCGAAGUUCCGUGUCCCGCCUCAACGGCCUCCCCUGCCCCCCCGUGAGCCCUGAGCCGCGCAUCCAGCCGGCAGAGCCCACGGCGUCACCCGUGGUGUCACCAGAGGAGCCGUGCCGGGAAAACGGGGUGCAGCCCCCCGAGCCGCUGCUCAUCCUGGAGGAGGAUGACGUGGGGACCACGGACGUUGGGACCACGGACGAGGGGCCCCCCCCGCAGCUGCUGCUGACCCCCCCGCACCCCAGCACCAAGGUGUACCAGCUGGCGCGGCAAUACAGCCUCCGCAUCAAGAGCCACCGCGCCCGCACCCGCUGUGCCCUGCUGCAGCCGGACGAGGCGGGGGACCCGUGUCCCCGCACCCCUGCGCUGGCCCCACCACGAGAUGGGGGGCUGGCGGUGCCUCCCUCCCCAGCUGCUCCCCACAGCCCCUCCAGCCCUGAGCCCUUUGCCUGGCCCGACGUUCGGGAGCUUCGUGCCCGUUUCGGUGCCCCCCGGCCCCCUCCGGUGAGCCGCAGCCGCUCGGCACCCGAGGGGCCAUGCCGGGGGGGGCGUCCGGCCGAAAAGGAACGUGGCGGCGGCCGGAGCCGCAGCGCCGAAGCUGGAGGGGGACCCAGCACCCCCAGUCCGGCACCGGCGCGACAUGGCAGCGAUGGGGCGCUGUGGGUGGCGGCCGAGGCGCCCCUGGGUCCCGGGCAGCGGGUGCUGGUGCUGGAGCGGUUACCACCCCGCCCUGAGCCCCCCACUUACGUCCAGAUCCGCUCGCCCACCACCCGGGAGAAGAUUUGCUUGAAGGCGGUGGUGGAGCGCUGCAAAGCCUACCAGGCGUCCGAGGAAUACCGGCGGCGCUGCCCCCAGCCCCCCGACACCCCCGAGCCCCCCGAGCAGCCCCCUCGCCACGGCCUCGUCAGGGACCUGCGGCAGAAAUUCCAGACCCUGGACGCUGCCAGCUAGGGUGGGUGAGGAGGAGAAGGAGGAGCGUCCUGUGGACCCCCCGGGGAGGAAGCACCCCCGGACCCCCAGUCUACCCAGGAGAAGGGGCAGCACAUGAAGCUCCAGCUUACCUAGAAAAAGGGGCAAUGCAUGGACCCCAAAACUUGCCAGGAGAAAGGGCACCCCCAGGAGAAGGGGCAUCCUGGGGAUUUGCAGCCUACCUGGAAAAAGGGGCACCCCAUGGACCCCAAAACUUGCCAGGAGAAGAGGCACCCCAUGGACCCCCAGCUCACCCAGGAGGAACGCUCUGUGGAUCUCCAAACUACCUGGAAGGUGGGGCACCCCGUGGACGCCCCAACUUGCCCAGGAGAAGGGGCACCCCCAGGUGAAGGAGCACCCUGGGGACUUUCAACUUACCCAGAAAAAGGGGGCACCCCAUGGUCCCCCAGGCUGCUCGGGAGAAGGGGCACCCUGUGAACCCCCAACCUACACAGGAGGGCAAGCUGGGGACCCCCAACUUGCCCAGGAGCACCCCCUGGACCCCCAGCUCACCCAGAAGGAGCACCCUGUGGACUUCCAACCUAUUUGGAAAAAGGGGGAACCCCCUGGACCCCCAAGCUGCUUGGGAGAAGGAGCACCCUGGGGAUCCCAAAUCUGCCCAGGAAAAGGGGCACCCUGGGGCCCCCAACUUACCUGGAAGCGGGGCCCCCCCACGGCCCCCCAGCCCAAUGGGGCACCCCUCGCCCCCCCGGUGCCCAGCACUGCGCCCACCUUGCUUUCACAUCUUUAUUAGAAAAAAACCCCAAAUCGAACCAAAA